ACGGUAAAUGGCGCUGAAAUGCGGUUUAUUGUAAUUUCAACAAUUUAAUUCAAGUAUUUAAAUUAACUUUUAUGGGUUUGUGUUAAAUCUUAAUAAGUCCUGUUACGAGCAAGGUGCCACAAAAGCUGCAGUCGAACCGAAGAAACGUUAAAAUGAAUACUAACCUUACUUCCCAACAAAGUUUUACCUACAAAGACUUACUAUUAAGGAAAUUGUACUACUCAGUAGUUUGCAGCGUUUUAUCACAGCUAGUACUGCUGCAAAUAUACGUGUUUGCAUCGAAUUUAAACAUACUUCAUCCGGUGCAAUGGAUAUUGUCUACGUUUCAAGUUUUCACCUCGAUAAGCACAUGGUUGUUUAUAAUCCCUUUCAUGACCAUCAUCUUUGCACAAAGCAUUAUAUGUGCCAAGGACUACGUCUUCAAGCCGAGUUACUGCUCAACGAGGUUCCAGAAACUUAUAUCAGUGUUUUCCGUCCAUAACCUGGUUUUACUAAUUCUUAACGUUAUAGUUGGAGCGACAUUGGUAUGGCUGUUUUUAUCCCUCGGAGGUGGACAGUAUCAGAGUUUAACCUACCAGUGUAAAGGACAAAACUACUGUUUGCAGGAAGGUACGUUUUUCUUGAUUCUAAGUGGUUUCUGGAUGGGUCUGUAUUAUUUUGUCAAGGUAUACAUUUCGGAGAAGCACCUUUCCUUCCCUGUGGUGUACCAGAGGAAAGUUCUUCAGAUGAAGGCGCAGCUUUUACCUUUACUCAAAGAAAGUUUUAUGUUAUCCCUUGCACCUACCGCUUACUUCAUCGUCUUGUACUACGUGUGGGGUUUUACGCUUAGAGAGGGAUUCAUCAGUAGCUUCGGACUCUUGCAAGAAGAAAAUAGCAACGGGAUUUUGAUUUAUUUCUACCUCUGGACAUUCGGUGCCAUUUAUUACUUCAACAUGAACCUGAUGAGGUUCUUCUUCAACUUAUUCCUAACGGAACCCAUACAGUUUCCCUUGUUUAAAGAAACUAACGAGUCGCUAUGCCUUCAGGAGAGUAUUAACAUGUCCAGCUUGCCCAUCGUACAAAAUCUGGCAUGUUUAGACUUACACAAUCUCGCUCAGUGGUCGAAAUGUAGAAGACGAGCGUUCUUUACUUUGUCGCAACCGGGUGGACAUCCGCAUAACUGGAACUCUUUAGUUGAAAACGUUUUAAAACUCUUCAACGAAUACACGGAGCUUUUAAACAAAUCCACGUUGAGUGUAGAAAAAGCCAAACCCUCCGUCCCUCCUAUAGCACCACCGUGCACGUUUCAGUCUCCAGACAAGUUCCGGAAUCUACGUAACAUGACCAUGGUUUCCGACAAUGGCCUGGAGGACUUCGUAAACGUAACACAGGAACCACUGCCCGUGUUUACCCUACCGGAAACGGUAGUGAUGAAACUCAAGCAAAAAAUAUCUAACUUAAUAGCGAUUUUAAAGGCUGUUUUGGGAAUAAACUUCUUCUUUGGGGAGCUACCCCAGGCGAAUAUUCAGAAGUGCUUGGCAAACGGGUACUUGAUCAUAUGGACCAGCCAAGGGAUUGCGGAUAUAGCGUGUUCGUCUCUUGUCGAGGACCCCUUCGGCAUCGUCCAGAAGGACCUACCGGGUAUAGUAACGACUCUGGUGCAGCUCAAGCAGAGCUUGGAAAGGCUGAGUAAGGUGCCGACGCUUGCGAGGAAAAUAGCGGGAUACGACGAUUUUAACUAUAGAAUGAAGGCUGCCGUCACUAUGGCCGUAAAGAGAAGUUUGUUUUCCAUUUGUCUCAGUUUCGGUAACUAUUUAAACGAAUUUCCCUUGAGCAAGGAUGUAUUGUCACAUUUGAAUACUAUUUAUAAAAGUUAAGUGUUGGUUUCAAGUUUAUUUUUUUUUGUAAAAUAUCUGCAUGAUACGUGAUUUAAGUUAUUUAAGCCAUUAUAACUGACUUAAAUUAUCAAAUUGUAAAUACUUUGCCCUUUUUGAUAAUAAAUAAUAUGUGUG